AUGAGACAAGCAACUCAAAGAGGAUUGUACAAGGGGUUUAAGAUUAAGGAAGUUGUAGAGUAUAGUCUACUACAAUUUGCUGACGAUACGAUAUUAUUUGGCGACGGCUCAUGGCAUAAUUUGUGGACCCUUAAAGCCAUGCUAAGAGGUUUUGAAAUGGUAUCCGGGCUGUCACUAAAUCUGAAAAAAAGCAAGUUAUAUGGUGUAGGAAUUGAUGACUAUAGAAUGGGGGCUGCUGCAUCUUUCCUGGGAUGCAAAAUUGAGAGAAUUCCUUUUAAAUUUUUGGGACUUACUGUUGGAGGGAACCAUAGACGGUUAGACUUUUGGAAACCGGUUGUAAAUUCAAUGCGACAGAAACUAUCUUCAUGGAAGGGCAAACUAGUAUCAAUUGGUGGCAGAGUAACUAUGAUUAAUAGCAUUAUCUCGAAUUUGCCGAGUUACCAAUUUUCAUUCUUUAAAAUACCAAAGAAGGUGGCAAAAGAAAUAAUAGCUAUACAAAGAAAUUUCCUGUGGAGUGGAGUGGGGAAAAAAAAUCGAUUGCGUGGAUAG